CAAUACCCUUCUUUGACGUCAGGCGCGAGACCAGCAGCCUCAACUGAUAUAGCGCUGCGCAUAGAGCCAAACAGCCCAUUGAGAGGGAGAAGGGAUUCUUGAGCUUUGCGCAUUCAGUUCUCCCUUGGCCGAUCGGAUUGACAGUUUAGGAUAGGAUGCCCCUUGGAGAUCUAGAGGACGGGAAUGGAUGGAAAAAGAAGACGUCAGACAUCAAAGAAAACUACGACUUCAAAGAAAUUCUGGGAACGGGGGCGUUCUCGGAGGUGGUGCUAGCGGAGGAGAAGGGGACCCAGAGGCUGGUGGCCAUCAAGUGUAUCCCCAAGAAGGCUCUGCAGGGAAAGGAGAACAACAUUGAGAAUGAGAUCGCUGUGCUGCACAGAAUCAAGCACACCAACAUUGUUUCACUGGAGGAUAUAUUUGAGAGCACAUCCCACUUGUACCUGGUCAUGCAGCUGGUGUCGGGAGGGGAGCUGUUUGACCGCAUCGUAGAGAAGGGUUUCUACACGGAGAGAGACGCCAGCCAACUCAUCCACCAGAUCCUGGACGCUGUCAAAUACCUCCAUGACAUGGGCAUCGUACACAGGGACCUGAAGCCAGAGAAUCUGUUGUAUUACAGUAUGGACGAGGACUCUAAGAUCAUGAUCAGUGACUUCGGCCUGUCUAAGAUCGAGGAUACAGGCAGUGUCAUGUCUACAGCCUGUGGGACUCCAGGAUACGUUGCUCCUGAGGUGUUGGCUCAGAAACCGUACAGCAAAGCAGUAGACUGCUGGUCCAUCGGAGUCAUCUCUUAUAUUCUGUUGUGUGGCUACCCUCCGUUUUACGACGAGAACGAUGCUAAGCUGUUUGAGCAGAUACUGAAGGCAGAGUAUGAGUUUGACUCUCCUUACUGGGAUGACAUCUCCGAUUCAGCUAAAGACUUUAUCUGUCACCUGAUGGAGAAAGACUUCAUGAAGAGAUAUACCACUGAUCAAGCACUUCAACACCCCUGGAUCUGUGGAGACACAGCUCUUGAUAAAAACAUCCAUGAGUCUGUCAGUGCUCAGAUCAAGAAGAACUUUGCUAAAAGUAAAUGGAAGCAAGCAUUCAACGCCACAGCGGUGGUGAGACACAUGCGGAGACUGCAGCUGGGUACCAGCCUAGAGGGCCCCAGCCAGAUCACCCCCACCAGCCCCUGUCACGCCCAAGCACUACUGCUGCAGGAGGAGGACGAGGAGGAGGAGGAGGAGGAAGAGGGACCAGGGGUAGAGGAGGAGAGCUUGUCGCAGCGGCGCGGGAGUGCAGAAGGCAGUGCCGACCGGGACAGUCUGAGGAGUUGCACCUACUGCUGCAGGCCAGCAAGUCGCGUCUGAGUAGCCACAGACCCCGCCCCUCUGUCGCCAUGGGGAUACGUAUGUUUCUAUGGAGCCACCCAGAGCCGGCCCAGUCUGGCCAUGAAUGCAGAGUGAUGUUAUGACAGGCUGUGUCCACUAGAGGGACACAACCAGCCAGGCAUAGUUUCCAGGCACAAUACCAGUUCAUCAUCAACAUUCAAACCACUACUACUUUCUUCUUUCCAUUGUAAUGUUUAUUUUUCUUCUUCGAUUGUUCCAUUUGGAUCAUAAAUCAUCCGUAUCUUACCUGUGUUUGUUUGAGUUUUGAUGCUUCCAUCCCCAUCAGAAACACUUCAGAGUUUAUGAGUGAGUUGACUGCAGGACUCUGGAUUGACUCUGUAUUCUGGUUCAGACUGGGGUCGUAAAAAGCGCUUCUGGUUCGAGGCAUCUGCAUGCUUCGGUUGGAUGAUAAAAUGUGAAAUGUGUGGAUAUAAAAGGGAGAAAAAAAAUCUUAUGGCAGUUCUGUUACCAGAGGUUCACACUGAGAUCCCUAUGACAACAAACGGACUGUAUAGCCUAUCAGAUUAAUCCUAUAACCCUCUCAGCCAAUGAGCAUGUCCAUAGUAACCACACCCACUUAACAUGUGAGUUGGGGCACAUGGUUUGAUGUUGAGACCAUUUCAGUUAGGAGUAGUUUGCAAAUAAACUCUUGAUAAGGAAUCGAGUCAGUUGUAUGCAUUGGCAACUCUAUCCGCAAAGGUCCCUAAAUGUUAUGAUCAUUUAAACGUGCCGCCGAUUUUACACCCCUAUCCUUUGUGGUGGGAGGGAUCUCAGUGUGUGUGUUCACUGUCUGCUCUGUACUGUGCACCUCUCUUUUGUGGAAGAAGUAUCGGUCUACCGUCUGCAUGACCUGGUUAUAAUAUGUUUACAUGAAUGAUGAUCAACAUAUAAAUAUUUAAAAAAACACACGUGUAUGAUUAUUAUUACUACUCUGUUGUCCUGAUCAAAAAAAUCAAUAAAGUAAUUCUGAAUAAUGUAAUUCUGAAUAAUGUAAUUCUGAAUAAAGUAAUUCUGAAUAAUGUAAUUCUGAAUAAAGUAAUUCUGAAUAAUGUAAUUCUGAAUAAUGUAAUUCUGAAUAAUGUAAUUCUGAAAACGAUAUAAUGUGAAGUGAGAAUCACCAGUCAGAUGUUCUGUUGUUGACAACGUAUGUACGUUGCAGCACAGUCUGAACUGUAACUUUACCUUAACCUCUGCAUUGUCCAUAUGAUGGUCAUAUCUCUACCCCAGUGGCACACUGGCACCAUUUCCCUGGUAACCAUGUUGAUUUAGUUUAAAUUACAACUCUAGGAUGUUCUAUAAGUCUUCUAUAACUCUAGGAUGUUCUAUAAGUCGUCGUGGGAGUCUAUUUAUUUGUUUUGUCCACUUAAGGUUUUGUAGUUUGUCUCAACAUACUGAAUGAUCCCUGACCCCUCCCUUGCCCUGGUACUGUGUAACAGUUUUGAUUGUAACAUAAAACAUGUUGAGUGAACACGACAGACUUCAGUUAAAAUACUAUUUGAAAUAUUUCAAAUACUUUGGAGCGUUUGCUUAGGAGUGGAAUGAGAAACCAGUUCUCUAACUGCAAUGACAAGACAGAAUGCAGUCGGAUUAAAAAUCUCAAAGUACAGUGUUACUUGAUAUGAUUACGGUUUCAACACAUCAGUAAGGCUGACAAUGGAAAGCCAACUGGGGAAGCCUAUUGUAAUCUGUUUUGUUCAUGCCAAACGGCUGUUCAGAUUGGAUACCAAAUCCUUAUUGUUUAGUUGAAUCAGAGGUACUGCUAGGCAAAACCUUAUAGUUGGACCUGGUUUAGGGCAAUGGUGACCUGUGUUUGGUCCUUAGCAGUGACUUCAUGAGGUUAUAAUUGGUCGAAAGAUGUUGGCCAGUCAUAGAAGGCAAUCAUUCUGGCUUUAUAAGUGACCGACUGACUGCAGAGUGGAAAAUAUGCAAACCAUGUGUGAAGGGCUUCAUGUUAUAUGUUUGGUGUAGUUGCUGUUGAUGACUUUGUUAACCUAAUAACCUGAGUUCAUUUGUUUGGUAUAGACCUUCUGUUGAACUUUUCCUUGGUUUUGUUUCCCCUUGGUUCCGAUUUGUAAAAAAAAAAAACGGAUUUAUUUGACUCAUGACAAACAUUUAAAUGCAUAAAGAAACACGUGUAUAUUAUAUAUAUAAGUAUAUAUAUAUAUAUAUAUAUAUAUAUAUAUAUAUAUAUAUAUAUAUAUUCUAUAUCCUUUUUUGUAAAAGCUGUUUUGAGCUACUAAUGUAUGGAUGCAAUGCAUCAUGGGUUAUUGAUCAACAUGUAUGAAAGGAGAUAAUGAUUUGUACCAUCGGAGGAGAUAUGAUCGCAGGAAAUGAAAUUAAACUUCCUUGUCUAUG